AUGUCCUCCCAUGUGAGGCUUGGCUGGCUGGGGGAGUACGGCCGGGCGCUCUGGAGCUCCAGGCUGUUCGUCGGGGACGAGGAGAGCCUGGCGUUCGCACACCGGGACGAGCUCAGCCGACGCAGCUACGGGGAAGCUCGCACAGGAGGAGGAGGGCUUCCACAGGAGGAGCAGCGGAGCACCUGGGGAGCAGCAGGAGCAGGAGGAGGAGGAGGAGGAGGAGGACGCCUGCCCAAAAUCACCACCUGGGAAGCGGGAUGGAAUGUCACCAAUGCUAUCCAGGGCAUCUUCGUGCUGGGCCUGCCCUACGCCCUCCUGCAGAGCGGCUACCUGGGCUUCCUGUUGCUGGUGGUUGCCGCGGCGAUCUGUAGCUACACGGGCCACAUCCUGAUCGCCUGUCUGUACGAGGAGGACGAGAGCGGUCACGUGGUGCGCGUCAGACACACCUACGAGGACAUCGCCAACGCGUGCUGCCGACACCUCUGCCCACGCCUGGGGGGAAGGGUGGUGCACGCCGCACAGGUGGUGGAGUUGAUGAUGACGUGCAUCCUGUACCUCGUCGUCAGCACCAACCUGAUGUGCCACAGCUUCUCCUUCCUGCCGUUGCCGCCGGCGGCGUGGUCGCUGGUGACACUGCUCUCGCUGGUGCCGUGCAUGCUGAUCCGGGACCUGCGCGUGGUGUCACGUCUCAGCCUGCUGUGCUCGCUCGCCCAGCUCCUCAUCACCUUCAUCACCGUCGCCUUCUGCCUGAGGCAGGCCCACCGCUGGUCCUGGCGACGCCUGGUCCUCUGGGUCGACUUCGAGAAGUUCCUGGUGUCGGCCGGAGUGAUCAUCUUCAGCUACACCUCGCAGAUCUUCCUGCCCACGCUGGAGGGCAGCAUGGCGCGUCGCGACGACUUCCCGCGCAUGCUAGCGUGGACGCACGGCGCGGCGUGCGUGGCGAAGACGCUGGUGGCCGUGCUGGCGCUGCUGACGUGGGGCGAGGACACCAAGGAGGUGAUCACCGACAACCUGCCCGAGGGCCUGAGGCUGCUGGUCAACCUGUGCCUGCUAGCAAAGGCCCUGCUCUCCUACCCUCUGCCAUUCUACGCAGCCUCUGAGGUCCUGCAGAGCUGCGUGCUGGAGCAGCGGGGGAACGGAGCUGGUGGUGGAGGCGUAACAGAGUCGGCCAUCUUGGCUCUGCGAGCCGGGCUGCUGCUGCUGAGUUUCCUGAUGGCGCUGUGCGUGCCGCACUUCUCGCUGCUGAUGGGGCUGACGGGCAGCGUGACGGGGGCGGCCAUGACACUCCUGCUGCCGGCCCUCUUCCACCUGCAACUCAAGUGGGAGGUGCUGGACGCGCGCCGCAAGGCCCUGGACAUCCUCAUCCUGGCCAUGGGCUCCCUCUGCAGCCUCUCCGGACUUAUAUACUCCGUCAAGGGCCUGCUGCAGGCUUUCCAAUAA